UCUAAAUUGCUAUUGCUUGCUUGUUAAUGAACAACCUUUUGGUACCAUAAGACCAAACAAAACACAUAAUUAUCAUUUAUAAAUUAUAAGGUCUUAAACAAAGAAGUGCCCCAAAAAAUGCUAAAAAUAACAGAUAAUUGGUAGAUAAGAUGCUGAUAAGACUGAUGCUGCUAGGAAAGCAUCAUCUGAUAGUCAGUCAUCAUAACAAUCAUGAUCUCUGGAUUGAAAACACGUACUUUGCUCGGUCUCCUGGCACUACUUGUUUCAGACGCCAACAGUGUGGUUUGUCCAUACUAUGAGGAAUGCAUCCGAAUGGACGAAUGUUUAACGCUUAUGCCCUAUCUUGCGGGUACAAGGGAAAGAUCAUCGGAGGUGAUGAAUAUGUUACGAAGAAGAACGUGCUACUUUAAUCCGUGGGCCAGUAAUGGACCCUUAGUGCAUAGGUGGUUCGUUUGCUGUCCAUUGCCAGGGGAUAUUUUACCAAAUACAGACAUAUGCGGACAAAGACCGUCUACGGAUCGAGUUAUUGGUGGCAAAGAGGCGCCGAUCAACGGUUAUCCAUGGCUGGCCGUGCUUCUCUAUAGAAAUAAUGAAACCCACGAGCUGUUUAAGCAGCCUGGUUCAUUGUGUAUAGGUUCGCUGAUCAACAAUCGAUACGUCUUGACAGCAGCUCAUUGUGUAAUUGGAGAAAAUAUUAAAAAACAUAAAUUAGAUCUUGUUGGUGUUCGUUUGGGCGAACAUGAUCUUUCCACUAAUCCAGACUGCCAGAAAGGUGCAAAUGGUAAAAGACAUUGCGUCUCACCUCAUUUGGAUAUCCAUUUGGAGGAAAUAAUUAUUCAUAAAUACUACGCGACUGAGGAUGGAAAACAUUACAAUGAUAUCGCCCUUCUGAGACUUCUAUUGCCAGUAACCUAUACAAAAGAAAUUCAACCAAUUUGUAUCCAGCCUAGCCCACGCAAUUCCAACCGUUUCUUCGUUGAUCAACCUUUGGAUAUUGCUGGUUGGGGUAAAUCGGGAUCGGACACUUCUAAAAAUAUACUGUUGCAGAGCACAAUCUUUGGAAUGGAUCCGCAUAACUGCUCAGAUCGGUAUCCAAUUUUAGGAAUCAAUAUAUGGACUCAUCUAUGUGCCGCCACUCACGAUGGAACGGAUACUUGUCAAGGCGACUCUGGCAGCCCCCUAAUGGCCACUGUAGGCCGUGGCUUUGAAGAGUACACGUACUUAGCCGGCAUCUCUUCGUAUGGCUCCACAAUUUGUGGAAUAGGUCCAUCUGUUUACACUAGGACCGAUAAUUACAUUGAUUGGAUUAAGUAUCACAUCAGACAAUAAUAAUUUACAGCCAACAACAACAAUAUUUUCAAAGCACAAAACUUGUUAAUUGACCU